UAUCUAGUCUCUAGGUCUCCAGCAAGCGGGCUCUCGCGCCCUCAGCUUUUCUGCUCCCAAAACCAGGGCUUAACUUGCAGACGGAAGCUUUGCGAACAUAUUGUUUUAGGAGGAUGCAGAGCUCCUUGCCCCUGCGCGCGAGGGGGCAAGCGAGCACUUCAGGCAGGGCAGGCCCUGGCCAUGGGCGAAGCGUGCAGCACCUUCCCGUGCGGCAAGUAGCGCUAUCAGUGCGCUGCAGGCCACACGUUGGACGGGAGUGCCCGCGUGGUCGGUGCGCGUUAGUUGCCCGAGCGCUGUCCGAUUCCUCAACAACGGAGUUUGCUAUAGUGGAGGAGGCUGCGACGCUGGACGCGACACCCCAUCCAUCUCCACCAGAGGAUCUUAAACCUGCAGACCUGGCGGGAGGGCUGACGCUCUCAGACCUGGCGCUGCAGGUCCACCAGCUGCGGUGCCUGGUGCAGACGCAGCAGGACAUCAUAUACUCGCAGAAAGCAAAGAUAGAGCAGCUUACGGAAACUGUGCAGGAGGAGAUACAACGGGGGCGGCCGUUGCCCACGGUGCCGCCCCCGGCUACCUCCAGCAUGGACGGCAUGCCGCCACCGCCCCGCGCCAUCAGCCCCUUCGCCAUGCAGGCGGUGGGCUAUGGCGACCGGCGGCUGGCGGGCUUGUACGACGCGCGCUUCCACAGCACACACAACGGCGCCACGCCCAAGGACUACCGCGUGCUCCCAGAACGCAUCAUCCUGGUGCGGCACGCGGAGUCGGAGGGCAAUGUGGACAACAAGGCCUACAGCUACAUCCCCGACUCGCAAGUGCCGCUGACGGCGCGAGGACACAUGCAGGCGCGCGAGGCGGGGCAGAUGAUUAAGCAGGUGAUGAAGUCGGACCCCGAGGCGCGCGACAACUUCCGCCUCUUCUUCUACAUCUCCCCCUACAAGCGCUCGCUGCAGACCUACGAGGGCAUCUGCUCUCAAUUCCCCAGCCAUCACCUACUCGGGGUGCAGGAAGAGGUGCAACUGCGCGAGCAGGACUUCGGCAACUUCCAGGACCAUGUGGGCAAGCAGCGCGAGAAGGCAGAGCGCCUCCGCUUCGGGCGUUUCUUCUACCGGUUCCCGAACGGUGAGAGCGGGGCUGACGUUUACGACCGCAUCACCAUCUUCGAGGACCACAUGAUCCGUGACAUCAACGCCGGCCGCUUCGCCGACAAGACGUCGCUGGUCCUGGUGACUCACGGCCUUGCGCUGCGUGUCUUCCUCAUGCGCUGGUUCCACUGGACGGUGGACGAGUUCCUGUCCGUGUACAACCCCGGCAACGCUGAGCCGCUGGUCCUGGAGCGCGUGCACUUCAGCGAUGACACGUCGUGGCGCCACACCAAGUCGCUGUACCGCCUGACGGACGAGAGCAUGCGCGCACUCAAGGGCUGCACCAUGGAGAUGUGCUCCACAGACCACCUGCCGCGCUCCGGGCUCAAGGUCUCGACGCGCCUGUUGUAAAGGGUCGCCAGACUGUGCACACGGCAUCGGAAAAAAGGACAGCGUGCAGGUCGCGGAACAUCGUCGUGCGUGCAUGCGUGUCUUGAGUGAGAGCGAGAGAGGGGUUGUAGCGAGCUGUAUGUUAUUGUGGUGGGUGAGCUGUUCUUCGGGUAACUGUGAACAAGCAUUGGCACAUGGCUUCUAUAGCAGGCAAUCAUAGCUUCACAUCACGGACGUGAUCAUGUACAGGUGUACGGGUACCAUAAUGCGUCUGUGUUUGUUGACCACCUCCGAAGCAGUGGAAGCUUCUAUGCCUUCAAUGCUGAUUCUUGUAACGAGGUGCUGGAACGACGCGUGGGCGCGCUUGCUCAUCAAGGCCGCAAUUACCUUAUCCGCUGUCCCGGGAGCACCAGCAGCAGCAGGGGGUCGGGUGAUGAUGUGGGGCGCGGUGUAUGGAGGUGGCAUCCUGUGUAUUUAUCUGGGCGCUUCAUUGCGCCAAGCCAAUCGAGUUGUCACAGGUUCGAUUUUGUGGCGUGAGAGCCGCCUCACCCCAGUUAGUGCACGUGCUUGAGUGCUGUGCCGCAUUAGGGUGUAGGUAUGCAGUUUUGGUGUGAUCGGACAGGGGUGGGACAGGAUACAGGGCAGGUUGACGUAGUCGGGUAGUGUGCAGCGUCGUCCCGGGCCCCAACAUUUAAUUUGCAACGUGGGCAUGAGCGCGAGUGGGUGGUCACAGCAACGCUUGAUGGCUGGGAAAUGAGGACAUAUUGCGCGUGGCAUUUCAGGCGCAUACGCGUGAGCGAACAGGUGCACACGAAUUUGGCGCCAUUGAUGCGGUGUAUAGCGGUGCCUCUCCGCCAACUCAGCAUCGAUUCGGCGGCGAAGCGGGGCAACCGCUUGCAAGCGCAGGGUGCCCAGGGGAUGACGUGAGAAUCAUGCGGAUACCACCACAUUGGAAACGUGAUCCUGA